UAUCACGCGAUCAUCUUGAACCGAUGGCCAUCUCCUCGGAUAGUGAUAAUACGUUCGACCAGAAGCUCAAACGUGGGGAGCGAGACGAGAAAGUUCCUCGUACUGGAGAAUCAAGCAGCGACCCGAACGAUUCUCCUAACUCUUCGUCCCAAGAUGCAAAACCGAUGAAUUGCCCGAAGCUACCGAACGUUCUGAAAUACUCCGCGCGACCCGAUACGAAAGUGCUGGAAACGACCAUAAUUCCUCAUAGUAUUAUUAUACGCAAAACGGAACUGGCCAGUCAUGUGCUCGUUAUGGGAACAUUAUCGUAUGGUUACAAUCCGAUUAAAUGUCCUUUAUACGGGACCGUAAACGGCGACGCUUGUAAGAACCUGUGCUAUACGUCGACGGAAACACUGAAGGCACAUCUGCAAGCCGCGCACGCACUAACCAACGUGCAGAUCAAUCUGUUGUGCCCAUGUCCUGCGGAAUGCAAUGGAAAUAUGGAAUGUCCGGUUGUCGUUUAUGAUCAGCACACAGGAAUGUUUUUGGAGAAUCACCUGACAACUGCUCAUGAAGAUCACUUUGAAAAACUGCAAACAUUAAUGUGCUGUAUGAACCCGGAUGACAAAUCGGAUUUCCUUGAAGAAUUUCUGGAGGAAUAUGAUUUGAAACUGGAAGAUAUGGCUUAUCUCAAACACCUGGAUGGGCGUAAAACGUUUCCGGAAUGGGUAUACAACACGACUCAGCCGUUUCCCAGCCAACUGAUUCCAGAUAAAUUCGUCAUUCCAACCGUUGUUGAGAAUUAUUGCUUGCGUUAUGUCUGCAAUGUUGAGCCGUGCAAAGACAACAUUAUCCGCAACUCGCAGCAAAUGAGAAUUCACAUCUUUAUUGUGCAUAAAAGUCAGGUUCGCAGGGAAACCGAUGUUUUCUUUGGUUGCCCGGCCCAGGUGACUGAAGGAUGCGAAGCCAUCGCAAGGUGUAACACUAAAGACAUGAUAUCACACGUGAAAGCAGUUCAUCCCUUGCUUUGCGGCAAGCCUGGCUGCUCGGAGACGGCUUUGGAGGUAGGUAUUACUAGACAAAUCGGAUUUCUGCAUCUUCCCAUACGACGGCGCCUUCCGCAUCUGGUCCAUCGACAACAGAGAAAAACACAGAGUCUGUCUCAAAGUGAAAUCUUCCAGCGGCCUCAAGACUGUUCCCACCACCUGCGCCUCCAGCCAAGAACGAAAAUUCGUCGCCGCCGGCUGCCAUGACGGCGGCAUCUCUUUGUGGGAUACAUCUCCCAUAUGUUUCUCCUACGACUAACCUGUUUCAAUUUGAGACAAGUGAAAAUACCUUCAUUGUUAGCAUAUUGUGCAGUGUGCAUGCUCUCAAAGGACUGGUACCCAUGGUCUGCUUUUAAUCGCACUGUAACAACUGCAUCCAACGUUAAACAAAACGGUGCCCAGAACCGUUAGAAUAUUCUAAUUACAUAGCUAAAUGAUCACAACUGUAGUUUACAGUUGUGUACAGUUUUUCUGUACUGUGUGCAGUUGUUUGCAGUUUAAAAAACAUGCGGCGGAUGCAUGCCACUCGCUUCGAAACGCUCGUCAACUUUACGGAAAAAAAUGUUUUUGCAUGUUGUGACAUUUGUUGCCGAAGCCAAGAUGUGCAAGACCUACUUUUGGAAGAGUUCGCGCACUGCACAGCCUGCAC